ACAAGUGAAAGUGAACACUGCGAAUGACAACCAAAAGCUAAAACUGCAAACACUGCUUCAUUUUAAGACUCUCUCUCUCUCUCCCUCUCCCCUCUGGAUCAAAUGGCAACACUUGGUGCAAUUUUGUCCUUUCAUAGAUUCUCUGAUUCUUUCCCGAUCUCAUCUUCCCCAAGAUUCCGCCCUUUCAAGCACCAACACCAAAGACUUCUUUCUUUUCAUCAUUGUCGCGUAAAUACCAGACACAUAAAGCGUCAUCUUCUAUGCUUUAAGGCUGGUCAUGAGAAUUUUCCCUCUUCUUCCUCGCCAGCCAGUAAGGAGGCUGAUCAAAGCAGCCGCAGGAGAAAACUAGUCAAGGUUUUUGUGCCGUUGAUAUUAUGUGCGCCCCUCUGGCUUUUGGUAUCAAGUGGAGCGGCUUAUGCUGCCGCUGACUCCAUUAGAGCUUCUGGUUUUGGCCUCAAGAUCGCAAGCUUUCUGCGUGGCUCAGGAUGGGCGGAUGAAGCCAUCGUUUUUGCUUUAUCUACGUUGCCGGUUAUAGAGCUCCGUGGCGCAAUACCAGUUGGAUACUGGAUGGAAAUGAAGCCUCUGCAACUUACUGUCUUAUCUGUUCUUGGAAACAUGGUUCCUGUACCUAUCAUUGUUAUCUAUUUGAAGAGAUUUGCUUCUUUUCUUGCACAACGGAAUACCAGUGCUUCUUUGUUGCUUGACCGUAUAUUCAAGAGGGCUAGAGAGAAAGCAGGUCCGGUGGAAGAGUUUCAGUGGCUUGGCUUAAUGCUGUUUGUUGCAGUGCCUUUUCCUGGAACUGGUGCAUGGACCGGAGCUAUAAUAGCAUCGAUACUGGAUAUGCCUUUUUGGCCUGCUGUUACCGCUAAUUUCAUCGGGGUGGUUUUGGCUGGCCUUUUGGUGAACUUGCUUGUCAACCUUGGUCUCAAGUAUGCGGUUGCAACAGGAUUAGGCUUAUUCUUUGUGUCUACUGCAAUGUGGAGAUUCCUCCGGAUGAUUAAGAAGACAUUGCACUCCAGAUAGAACUGGACUCUGAACAUGUGCAAAAAUUUAAGUAAAUUUACCUGUCAUCCAUUGCUAAAUCAUCAGAUAAAAGUAGCCGUUGCAUCACAUGCUUUACAACUUUCUUAGAGCGUUAGAUGAUGAAUGUAGUGUUCUGAAAGAUUUUUAAUUAUGAGACCAAGUUGAUUAUUGAACUUGUUGAUAAUUUGGUUCUGUUACAAGCUACUUACUUGGCUUGUGCACCAAGUACCUGAAAUUAUGAAACACAAGGACUCUCAAUGUACUCUUCCAGAUAAAUAUAAUAUAAACAUUGAGCAAAAAAUGUUGUCAC